AUGGCGCUAGUGCGCCGCAUACUAGGCGACGCCCAGGCGAAACUCCGCAAAAUGGUCGACGAGCAAGUAUCGGUGGGCGCCCGGGUUGACGCGGACGCUGAGCCGGAGCCGGCUGACCCGCUGAUCACGCCAGCCAGCUCAGCACUCGAGCGGCCCGAGCUAGACCGGCCCGUGCCGCCCGAGCGACGCUUGCUCAUCGGCACCCUGGACAAACGCAACGGUGGGCUCAGCGUCGACAAGGAGGGCACCAUCAACAGGACCACUAGACUGUCUAUAAGAAACGGGAAGGAUAAUCCUUUCAUAGACGAUGACAAUAAAGAAAACCAGGCGAAUGGCAAGCUAGAGUCCCCGGUGAAAUGGUCGACACAAAACGGCAGCGACAGUGGAACUUACGCUGAAAUAGGCAAUGGAGGUAACAGUCAUACCAGCGAGAGGAAUAUUCUGGAUCCCGCCGACAGUUCAGAGGAAGAGGUUCCACUCCCUGAUGCCACGUCACCAGGCAGGAGUAGCGACGGUCCCGAACCAAGAGCUGAUAUUACUGCGACACUUGAAGGAGACGCGGCCUCCCCCGGCGGUCGUUCAGAUCGGUCGCGGCAGGAGGAAGUCCCAGCGUCCCCUGGGAUGCUCACCGCCGCACAGGUAGCCAGGAGACUCCGGAUGGAAAAUGAAAGAUUACAGGCCGAGCUCACACGUGUCCGUCGUCUACUGGUAGCGGCAGCUGAACGAGGAGAGGCUGGAAGCGCACUGCUGGAACGAGCCAAGUCCGACACACAGGAUGCACCUCAACUAGACCCUCAACAGCUGGAGAAAGAACUGCUGCUAGCUAGAGAAGCUGUUAACUCUUUGAAAGCAGACAAAAAGAGGUUGAAAGCUGAGAAAUUUGAUUUACUAAACCAAAUGAAACAACUCUACGCCACUCUCGAAGACAAAGAGAAAGAGCUCCGAGACUUCAUAAGAAACUAUGAACAGAUGCGUUCGCGGGGUGGAGCUUCAUCAGCUUUAGGAGCAGAGCGAGCUGAGCGUGAGCGGGAGCGAGCUGCGUUACUGCGUCAUGCUCGCGAUGAAGCUGAGCGCUCUCUACAACUAGCGGCCGCACUCAGUGCUCGGGACACACAGCUGAGACACGCUCGAGAACAACUCUUUGAGGCUAGGAGACAGUUACAAGCUGCAGGAUGUCUGUCAGAAGGCGAGAGUGUUGCGUCACUCGGUAUGGGACCACCUAUGAUGUUGGGAGGACCUUCGGGGCUCAUUGGGGACAGAGGCAGCUGCAGUGCUGAUUCCGGUGUUAGAGGCAGCAGUGAUGGCGGUGCAACCUCAGUAUGUGGUGGGAAUCUAUCAGACUCUACGGCUGAAGGCGCUCCGCCGACACUAGAUGCUUACGACACUGACGCAGCAUCACUCGUCUCAUCCGCACACCAUAUCUAUCAACUGAGCACACCACGUGACUGCAGCCCGACUUUGUCGCCACACAACAGUGCGUCGCCCUUCACACGCUCCAUCGACGCUGGAUCUCUAUCUAGGUCUGUGGAACAGCUCUCAAGUCCCGGUGAGUGUGAGGCAGCCUUGCUAGGUGGAGUACGUGGACGAUCAGGCGCGGGUAGUAAGGGAGCCCGUGGUCGCGGCUCAGCGUGGGGCUCCAUAUCACGAGUGUUCGCUCGCUCCCGGCACCGCACCAAGUCAGGCAGUGCCGCUAUUAGCGGACAUGAGAGUGCUUGUUGUUCAGAGCCGAUCUACUCCGGUACUGGUAGCACUCGCGCUUGGUCGCCGUUGGGCAGUGAGGCUGCCCUGAGGGAAGCUGCGUCAUUGCCACUUUCAAGAUGGCGCGCGCCCGCCAUUAUUGCGUGGCUGGAACUAGCGCUUGGAAUGCCACAGUAUGCUGCUGCAGUUGCUGAUAAUGUCAAGAGCGGAAAGAUCCGUGCUUUGAAUGGGCAGGUUCUGCUCGAGCUGUCUGACGCGGACCUGGAGGUGGGGCUGGGCAUCUCGCAGCCAAUGCACCGCAAGAAGCUGAGGCUCGCCAUCGAGGAGCGGAGGAGACCAGACCUUGUCCGAAACCCAAGUAUAGGACAGCUGACGCACGCCUGGGUCGCCGCCGAGUGGCUGCCAGAUUUGGGAUUAUCACAGUACGCCGAGUCAUUCCUGGCAAAUCUAGUGGAUGCUCGCAUGCUCGACACCAUCAGCAAGAAGGAACUGGAGAAAUAUCUCGGAGUGACCAGGAAGUUCCACCAGGCCUCUAUCGUACAUGGCAUCCAUUUGCUUAGAAUAAUGAAGUACGAUCGACAGGCGCUCGCUGUCAGGCGGCACCAAUGCGAGAACGUCGACGCCGACCCCUUAGUUUGGACCAAUCAGAGGUUUAUGCGAUGGGCUCAUAAUAUUGAUUUAGGUGAAUUUGCGGAUAAUCUCAAAGACAGUGGAGUGCACGGUGGGCUCGUGGUACUUGAGCCCUCGUUCACCGGAGAAACAAUGGCGACCGCGCUCGGCAUUCCUCCAUCAAAGAGCAUUAUUAGAAGACAUUUGGUAGCCGAAUUUGACGCUCUCGUCAUACCAGCGAGAAACUUGUUUGGUCACCAAAUCAGGAUGUUGGGUAGACCGUUCUCGAGGUCAGUUGCUACUGGGUUACCAGGCAUAGACCUCAGUGGGGAUUCCAGGAGACAUAGUUUGAGGGGUUCAAUAACCCGAGCUCUAGGGGUGUUGAAACCGAAGCACGAGCGAACUUCCCCGUCGAGUUCUAGUGAAAGUUCGAGUGUGUUGAGUUUGACGCAGCCCUACCAGAUCUCAUACUCGCCACCGAUAGCUGUGCGGACUCUAUCACAGCUCAGCAUGACGUACGCGCCACCUCCAACGUUGCAGGAGUACGAACCGAUAUACACACCACUCAGCCUGUACUCACAGUCCAGUGUGUCGACCAGAGAUAGCCUCACCAGACUGAAUGAUAUCAAGGAAAAUUCUAGUAUUACUCAUAGGUACGGACAGAAAGCGGACCAAGCUCAUCGCGUUAGCUCGCCUCUUCCAGCCAAGUCAGCAGAUGACGCGCUGGUUAAGCAGAAGCGACACCGACGGGUCAAGAGCAUCGGAGACAUCAACGCCUGCACAAAGGCACCAGUGUAA